UAAAUUCAUAUCGAAGAAAACUCAGAUAGAGCUAACGAGAGUUGAACAUCUUCUCUUGUUUCCUUCUUCGAUAAUCACAUCGAAAAGUAGAAAGAUACUCAAGAGUUCAUUUACAAAACAAUCAAAAUGGCUCUAAACGUAUUGGCGUUUACAUUUGGAAUCAUGGGCAACAUCAUAUCGUUCAUCGUUUUCUUGGCACCAGUUCCAACUUUCGUUAGGAUCUGCAAGAAAAAAUCGAUAGAAGGUUUUCAGUCACUUCCCUAUGUGUCAGCGCUCUUUAGCGCGACGCUAUGGAUUUAUUACGCUAUGCAGAAAGAUGGAUCAGGCUUACUUCUGAUAACCAUAAACGCCGUGGGAUGCUUCAUCGAAACCAUUUACAUCGUCCUCUUCAUCACCUACGCUAACAAGAAAGCUAGAAUAUCAACUUUGAAGGUUCUUGGGCUCUUGAACUUCUUGGGUUUUGCCGCUAUUAUCCUUGUCUGUGAGCUCUUGACCAAAGCAUCUAACCGUGAGAAGGUCCUCGGAGGGAUUUGCGUCGGAUUUUCCGUUUGUGUCUUCGCAGCUCCUUUGAGCAUCAUGAGAGUGGUGAUACGAACAAGAAGUGUGGAGUUUAUGCCCUUUUCUCUAUCAUUGUUUCUUACACUCAGCGCCAUUACGUGGCUCUUCUACGGUCUUGCUAUCAAAGACUUCUACGUUGCACUUCCAAACAUUAUGGGUGCGUUUCUCGGAGCAGUUCAAAUGAUUCUCUACGUCAUAUACAAGUACUACAAAGCUCCAAAAACUGAUGACACGGAGAAACCCAAAACGGUGCCGGAUCAUUCAAUCGAUAUGGUCAAGCUUGCAUCAACUCCAGUUUCCAGUGAGUUGACGGUUCAUCCUCAAACUCAUGGUGGUGGUGAUUUGGAGGGUCAGAUGGAAAAGAAAGUGGCAAACCAAAUCCAAACCUAAGUAGUUUUUAUAUUAGUGAUUUUAUCAAUGUUGUACUGUUGAGUCAUGUUUCACUAGAUUGUACUUUCUCGCUUUGCCUUGUCUUUUCUCCCAUCAUAUUAUUUCGAAAUAUUUCGAAGUUGUGUUAUCCUUCAAAAAGUAUGUACGCAUGUUUUACCUUUUGUAAAAUAGUUCUGAUUUCUCUACUCAUAAAUACUU